AUGAGCAACAGCACCUCUUCCCCAGGCCAAUGUGAAGGGCUCUUGGGAACACGUGUACUGGUGGCUACGGCAUACUCUGUUUACUCAGUCUCUGGCACUUUGGCCAAUGUUUUGGUAAUUUAUCUAGUUUGCUCUUUCAAGAAACUCAAGACGACCAGUAAUGCAUUCAUCGUGAAUGGUUGCGUUUCAGAUCUUCUAGUAUGUGCUUUCUGGAUGCCUCAAGAAGCAAUAUUAAUAUCCACUGGUCGUCUGGAGAAUCCCUCUUACAGAGUGUUCAUGGAAGGGGUAUUUUUCCUGUGGAUGACAGUGUCUCUCUUAUCGCACUCACUGAUUGCAUUGAAUCGUUUUGUUCUCAUCACCAAACUGCCAACAGUUUACCACACUGUGUAUCAGAAGAGGAACACGGAGUGGAUGAUUGCCAUGGCUUGGGUAUUGCCGCUUGCAUUCUUGCUUCCUUGGCUUUUUGGACAAAGACCUUAUGAUGUUAUUUUCCCUUGCCCGCAACUCAGACUUUAUGUGUUUUGGGGUCAUGAGGUCCCGGUGUCUAGUUCCUACACGGCCAUCCUCUCUGCCGUCACAGUACUGAGUCAGACAAUCAUCCUUUUUCAUUGCUACUUCCGCAUUUUCAGAAAAGUGCAGGUCAGUCUAAAGCGGGUAAGUGUUCUCAAUUUCCAGGUGGUCCAUAACUUGCCCUGUUCUUGCCCUCGUAAGGACAAACGUCUGGGACUGUACGUGCUGAUUGUGUGCUGUGUUUUCACCCUGACCACAGAGCCCUUUGCAUGGUCAGUCCUUUAUGGCCUGUUCCAGCCAUUACCCAGUGGGAUUGUGGUUGGCAGCUGGCUCCUGCUUUGUCUGCUGUUUGUGCUUAACCCCUUCAUAUACACCUGGAAGAAUGAAGAGUUCCGAAGGUCGUUUCGAGCUGUAGUUGGAGGUGAACUAUGGAAAAGCUCUGCAAACACUGCCGAUCCAGUAGUUCAAACAAUAUCGCAGAAUGAUCCAUGA